ACCAAAACCCCUCUCGGAAAUAACACGAAGUACUACGUGGGUGGAAGAAGCAAAAUCUAAGGAGUGUUAUUGUGGGGUGAAGAAGGCAGCCGCUGAUCAAUUCGCCGUUGUCGCUGCCGCCGGUCGCCGCCCUCCGUUCAUCUUCUUUGUUAAUACGAUCCGUCUGAUUUGUUCAAUUAUUGAGGAAUCUACUUGUGUUCGUUUGAGCAACAGAUGCAAAAUGUCAAACAGCAUCAACCUUUUUCUGAAAUCCCUUCCGCCAUAUUAUGGGAAAUUCUGGGUCGAGUUCCGAUUAAGACGUGUUUAGCUUGUAAGCUUGUUUGCAAAGAAUGGUAUCAUAUUGUUGCCACUCCAGAAUUCUCUUCUUUCCGCCGCUGUUGUAAUGCCUCUCGAUUCACCAUCUUGUUUUAUAACGGGUGGGUGUCUGGUGGCGGGGGUGUGGACAUCCACAUGGUCGAGUUUGAAAAGGCCUUGGAUGUGGAUGAUUCUGAUAAUGAUGUGGGCGUUGAUGAUCUGAGUAUUAUUAAGGUUCUACAAAAAUUUGGCGCACCCGGUCAAAGAUUGCACGUGAGCUCUCAAUGCAACGGGGUUGUUUGUUUGGAAAAUGACAAUGAUGACUACUUCGUGUGCAAUUUGCUCACCUCCCAGUGUGUGAAUGUCCUAGAUGUGCAUCAACUGAAGAAGCAAUAUGAAAUAAUCAGUUGUGAGUUGGGGUGUUGCCCGACCUCAGGCCAAUUCAAGGUUCUUAUUAUGCUAUGGGACACGGCGAAGAAGAUCCAACUGGCAAAAAUACAGACUUUGGGUGAUGGUGAAUGGAGGAGCAUGGACAAUGUGCCCUUGAGGAUGCUGGGAGACAAGAGUCAUGGUAUUGUUGAGAUGGACAUAUGGGUAAUGAAAAAGUAUGGUGUGAAAAGUUCUUGGGUGAGGCAAGUUGUCAUAGUGACCAAAGCAAUGAGUGUGCCUAUGGUGCAUAUGGACAAGGGAAAGGUACUUGUAAGGACUGGUGUUAAACUAAAUUUAUAUGAUCCGCAAACCCAGGUUUCUAAGGUAGUGAAAUAUGAGCUCAAUCGGGUUUGUAGUUACCUGGUGCCGUUCGCGGCAUUUGAUGCAAGAUUCUCUAGGUUUUAAAGAUUCAGAUACAGCUGGCAAUUAGAUCGACGGAAGGGGAGGCACACCAGCGAAGGAGGGAUCGGUCCAAGUGCGAGGAUGCAGCGGCAAUAGAAGUUGAAUGUGGUG